AUGCAAAACGCUUAUGUAUCGCUUCCUUAUUCACACGCUUAUGGAAGAAGUGAUAAAGAAUUACAAUAUCUCAGGAUUGGAGAUCUUUUGACAAAUAAAGCCCAAACAGUUGGUAACAACACUGCGUUUGUCAGUGAAUACGAGAAUAUCAGCAAAACGUUUUCACAAUUCAAUGAAGACGUCAACAAAUUGGCGAAAGGACUGCACGAUUUGGGUCUCCGGAGAGGGGAUGUGGUGGGCGUUUGGAGUUGUAAUUCAUAUUCAUGGAUACAAGUUCAAUAUGCUUGCGCCAAACUGGGAAUAGUGUUGUGUACAGUUAAUCCCGUUUAUCAAAGCCCUGAAUUGAAUUACGCUCUGAGAAAGGGACAAAUCAAAGCCAUUUUUAUGCCGGGAAACGGCUCUAAACAAGAAGUUGUCAAUAAAUACCAAAAUGUCUUAAAGCAAACUCUCAGUGCAAAAGAAGAGAAAGAAAGCGAUCCAUUAAUACUAAAAGACAUUAUUUUUAUGGAUGGAAAUUAUUCGUCAGAAGACGCAAAGGGAGGCUUUAAUUAUAUGCCGAUUACUAAUUUGGUUGCAAACAAUGGAAAUGUCGACCAAUCAAUUGUGGACGACGUCUCUCCGGACGAUCCGGCGAUCAUUAUGUUUACAUCGGUUGUGAACAAUGCAUUGCUUACUGGGACACAGUUUGGUUUUGAUGAUCCGAUCACCAUGCUUAUUCCUUUACCAUUCUUUCACUCGUUUGCCGCUGUUUUGGGCAAUAUAUCGAUGACUGCCGUUCCUAUUAAAUCUGUGAUCGCGAAUCUCAAAUAUGAUGUGAAAUUGAUUGUGGAGUCGAUGAUCAAACACAGCGCCACUCAUAUAAUAGUGACGCCAACGAUGGUCAUCGAUAUAUUGAAUUUUGUGGAGAAAAAUAGCCUCAAACUGCCGGCAUUGAGA